AUAAUAAUAAUAAUAAUAAAUGGUAUAGAAAGAAUAUUUUGGAGGGAUUGUUGUCGGAGGCCGGUAUGCUCAUGUCUCUCCCGUCGAAAGUUUGCCUUCACCAGCUGAAGCUGCUUUCACAUCAUCAGGUUAGGCUUCUGGCAUGUCAAAUGGUCAUGACUACUCUGCCAACCAUGAAGACUCAAGUGCAAAGGGCGAAAAUGGUGAAGGAGAACUGCACACAUCAAAAGAUCUUCUAAAGAAACUGAAGAGAUAUGGAAUUUCUGGAAUAUUAUCCUAUGGACUCCUGAAUACUGCAUACUAUCUUACAACGUUUCUCUUGGUAUGGUUUUAUAUUGCUCCAGCACCAGGAAGGAUGGGUUAUUUGGCGGCAGUUGAAAGAUUUGUCAAAAUCAUGGCUAUGGUGUGGGCAGGCAGCCAGGUCACUAAACUUGUCAGAGCUGGAGGGGCCCUUGCACUUGCUCCUAUUGUAGAUAGAGGAUUGUCAUGGUUUACAGUAAAAUUCAAGUUUGAAUCUCAGGGAAAGGCUUUCAUGGCGAUUGUCGGAUUUUGUUUCGGGUUAGCUCUCAUUCUAUUCUUCAUUGUAACAUUGCUUUGGGCAUGACACAUAUUUCAGCAUUUUUCUUAGUCAUCCUGGCGGAGAAACUCUUUCAUUAACUAGCAUUUUUGAAUCUCAUCAAUGUUAAUUUUUUUUUUUUCAUAGUUCA